AUGACUGGGCCCCGCCAGCAGCGAAGCAGCGAGAUCUGGUCAAGGCGACUGUGCUUUGGCUUUGUCCUCCUGCUAUGGGCAUGGGCGCGGGACCUUUGGAUGUGGCUUCUUGGUGUGCAAGUUGGCUGCACAGUUACCGUGGCGCUUGCUUUGUUUGGAUUGUGGUUGGAGGUGGAAGCCAGCGGCACUUCUCGUUGGAGUUUUCACAGCAGUUCAGUACAGCCCAAGCCCAAAAAAUCCAAGCAUGCAAAGCCUCCAGAUAGGACUCAGGUACAUUCGCUGAGGGCAUUACUGCUUGUCAUCCUGUUAGUAUGUAGCAAUAUUGGCUCAUGGGCUGAAUAA